AUGGCGCCAAAUGAGCUUCCCACCUUUGUGUUCAGCGAUUAUGUCAAGUUCUUUGGAGCCGGUGCCCUCGCGGCAACCUCAACGCACGCUGCGGCGACACCAAUUGAUGUCGUCAAGACCCGUAUCCAGGUCGACGAUGCCCUGAAAGGCUACAACAUGGUCCGAGCAGCCCGCCAAAUCGUCUCGAAAGAAGGCGCUUCAGCACUGCUCACGGGCUUCGGGCCAACCGCGAUGGGGUACCUCGCCCAGGGCGGCGCCAAGUUCGCCGGCUACGAGUUCUUCAAGAAGCAGUACAUCUCGCUGGCGGGCGGGAUCGACAAGGCCGUCGACCGCCGAACGGCCGUAUACCUGGGGGCCAGCGCCACGGCCGAGUUCUUCGCCGACAUCCUGCUCUGCCCGCUCGAGGCCACGAGGAUCCGCCUCGUGUCGCAGCGUGGGUACGCGAGCGGCCUGACAACCGGCUUCGCCCGCAUGGCGCGCGAGGAGGGACUGAGGGGGUUCUACUCCGGGUUCGUGCCUCUGCUGUUCAAGCAGGUGCCCUUCGCCGUGGGCCAGUUCUCCGUGCACGAGGCCGUCAACGAGGUGAUAUUCCGCGCCAUGGGCCCGGAGCGAAAGGCCAAGCUCAGCAAGCUCGAGUCUACGGGGGUUGAGCUCACCUCCGGCCUCGCGGCGGGUGCCGCGGCCGCUGUGCUGUCGCAUCCUGCCGACACGCUCCUCUCGGCUAUCAACAAGGGCGCGGGGGAUCCGAAGCAGGGAGCGACGAGUCGCAUGUUCCAGCUUGCGCGGGAGUUUGGGCCCAAGAAGUUGUUAACAUCUGGCCUCGGCCCACGAUUGGUGAUGACAUGUGCACUUGUGUCUGGCCAGUUCGUGAUAUACGCCCAGUGCAAGGCGUUGACAGGCGCCCCUGCGAGCAUCGAGAUACACAAAGAAUCAUCGUAG